UGUUUAAUGGAAGCUGUCCUAGAUCAGAUUGUUGAACGUAAAAGAAUGGAUGAUUUAGCGCAUAGUAUUGUUGAUGGACGAUUCCUAGAACAAAAAUAUCGUUUAAAACGUACAGGUUUAUUACAAUUAAUUUAUUUAAUUGAAGAAUGUCCAAUGAUGCAUAAUCAAAAAGUUUCUUAUGAUGUUUUAAUACAAGCAAUUUCAAAUGCACAAAUAAUCGAUGGUUUACAAAUUAUGACAACAAAAAGUCUUGAAGAUACUGUCGAUUUACUUGCUGCACUUUCACGAAGACUUCAGUCACGUGUUUCCAAUGAUUUAUACGUUAAUCAUCAAAAAUCCAGUGAUACCACCCCAUUCAAGUUAAAUACUAUAAAUGCAUUAAGUUGGUGUGAAUUUGUUAAACUUGCGAAUAAAUCACCAGAUCCAAGUAUACGUGAUAUUUUUGCAAAAUAUUUAAUGCAAAUUCCUGGAUGUUCUGGUCCGAAAAUUACUGCAAUUAUGGAAAAAUAUCCAACUCCUUGCAUUUUAAUGGAUGCCUAUGAUAAACAACCGACUAUGUUAGACAAGGGUAAUAUGUUGGCAGAUUUGAAACCAGCAGACAGUAAUCGAUGUCUUGGAACAGCGCUUAGUCAACGUAUCGCUUUGGCAUUUAACACAUUGUGAUGUAUACUUUUUUUGUUUGAUUUAUUUGUAAAUACACAUUUUAUUCUGAA